AUGGCGAUGGCCACGAGGAAGGCGGACGCGGUGCCAGAUGCCGGUGCCAGAUGCCGGUGCCACCCGGUCAGAGCGCCCACAGCUCCCGGCGGAUGUCAGACAGGUGGUGACGAUGGCGAUGGUAGUGGCCGCAGUGAGGAAGGCGGACGCGGUGCCAGAUCCCAGUGCCACCAGUGCCCCCAGUCAGAGCAGCGGCAGCUCCCCGCGGAUGUUGGGCAGGUGGUGACAAUGGCAAUGGCGGUGGCCGCUGUGCCAGGUCCUGGUGCCCCCGGUCAGAGCGGCGGCAGCUCCCCGCGGAUAGCCACCAUGGUCUUGUCCCCACCCCUGUCCUCGUCCCUCUCCCCAUCAUUGUCCUUGUCCCCACCUGGUCCUUCUCCCCUCAUCCUUGUCCCCACCCCUGUCCAUGUCCCCAGCCUUGUCCUUGUCCCUCUCCCCAUCAUUGUCCUCGUCCCCAUCCCCAUGCCUAGAGACACCAUGACCUUGUCCCCCCCGUCCUUGUCCCCACCUUGCCACGACUGGGACUGGGACUGGUAUCAGGACCAGGAUAAGGACCAGGACCAGGCCUGGCACCAGGACGAAGGUGGUGACCGUCUCCAGGACCAGGACUGGGACCAGAACCAGAACCAGCCCUGGGACCAUGUCCAGGGCCAGAACCAGGACCAAGACUGGGACCACAGCCAGGACCAGGACCAGAACCAUGUCCAGAAGCAGGACCAGCCCUGGUAUGGGCUGUCCCAGUAUUCCCAGUAUAGGCUGGACCGCGGUCGCUGGUGUCCCCAGUCCCUGCUGACGCUGUGCCCCUCGUACAGGCUCCUCCAGUACUCCCAGUUCAGGCUGUCCCAGUGCCACCAUUGCUCCCAGUCCAGUUUGUACCAAUCCCGACGGCGGCCGCGGAGCCCGCGGGGCUGGGGCCUGCUGCUGGCCCUCUGGUACAUGGCCUUCUACAAACCCAUCAUCACCGAAGGCCACCUGAGGAGGAAGAACAUCGAGUUUGUCUUCAUCCACUUCAGCGCCUGGCAGUAUGCCGGCUGUGACAAGCUCUGGGCCGGUUUGGUCACCACCCUCUGCGACAGCGUCAGCCACCAUUUUGGGGCUCUGCCCCUCAGCGUCUACCACGUCAUGGGCACCCGGCCCCGCUUCGCCUCCGGCUUUAGCCAGAAGGAGUGGGUCCUCAAGAGGGACACCUGCCUCAAGCUCUGGGGGAUGCUCUUCAUCCUGGCUGCCGGCCUCAGCAUCCUGCUGGUGGCCCUCUUGGUGCCAGGCAUCAAGGACCACCACACCUUGAAGGUGGUAGGCAGUGCCGUCACCUCGCUCUCCGGUUCCAGUUUGGUGCUGGGAGCUUUCUCUGUCUUGAAGAACUUGUUGGUCAGCGAGAAGCAGAAGAUCGAACGGUUGACCAACAGCGAGAGGUUCACCAGCCAGCUGGGCUUCAUGAGCAAGGUGCGCAGGGAGGUGGAGGUGCUCGUCGACUUCUUGGCCUUCAUGGAGAUCUUUGAGCGCCGACGGCUCCGCGUGGUGCUGGAGAUCACCAGCCUGGACGUCUGCUACCCGGAGAAGGUGGCUGGUGUCCUCAACGCCAUGAGCACCUUGCUCUCCGAGGCCAACACGCCCUUCAUCUUCAUCCUGGCUGUGGACCCCAGCGUCAUCAUCCCCUGCCUGGAGCAGACGGGCUGCAUGAAGGGUCUUGCCGACAACGGUUACCUGUACCUCAAUCGGACGGUGACGCUGCCCUUCUCCAUCCCGGAGAUGGGCGCCCGCUCCCGCCUCCGGUGCCUGGAAGCCGCCGUCCAGACGCGGGAGGACCUCCUGUACCGCAUCCUCACC